AUGGUGAACUUUGCAGCUCCCAAAGCCGCAAAGGCUGUUGCUAAUUCAGUGAGCAUGACUGACUUAGAAUAUGCGAAGGAUAAGAUUAUUAUGGGAAGUAAGUGCAGAUCAGCUGUAAUUUCUGACGAAACUCGAAAACUAACAGCUUUUCGUGAAGACGACGAAAGGCGAGAUAGGAACAAUCAGCAGAGAAACACAAGGUCCGAUAAUGCAACUGAAUCCAAGAUAAGAGAGUUGGAGGAGAAGAUAAGGAAGCUGUCAGGAACCGGCGAAGAAGACAAGCUCGCCGAGUUUAUAAGCGAGGCCGAGAGGACCCCUUUCACCCAAGAGCUAGAACUAAGGGCCUUCCCACCUAAUUGCACGCUCCCCACCUUCCCAUCGAGGUUCGACGACACGGGAGACGCGGUGGAGCACUUGAAGAUGUACUCAAUGUCCCUAAUCCAAUGGAAAAACUAUGAGGUAGUAAUGUGCAAGUUCUUCCCGGAAAGCUUGGAGGGCGAGGCGACGAAAUGGUUUUACAACCUCGCACCAGGGACAAUUGACAUCUACGAGACUCUAGUCGAAGCCUUCCUUGAAACGUACAUGCACAACAGCAGACCUCGGCCCAGGGUCAACAUGUUAUUUACCUUGGCCAGACGGUUUAGAGAACCUCUCAGAUCCUGGACCGAUAGAUGGAGAAAUUUGUGUACGGAAAUUGGGAAAGUACCAGUCGAUCAGCAGAUAUUCGGGUUCGAAAAUGCACUUGGGAGAUCGGAUCCCAUCUGGGUAGCCAUGUUCACUGAGAAACCACAAACGUUGAAAGAAAUGAGGAAAAUGCAAGAGCAUUUCAUCACCCUAGAAGAAAUCCAGGAAGAGUCAAGAUAUAGAGGAGUGCAAGAAGCUAGUGCAGCGCCCAAGUCAACGUCGGACGAUACUCAAAGACGACCCGAGAAUAGACCGAGUCCGCCCAUGCGAGGACAUGGGAAGAAGGAAUGGAUAGAUAAAGGGAAGAGGCAAAGGCACGAGGCGAGAACGUACACCCCUUUGAAUUCUCCACUGGAAUAA